UCCGGCGAGAGAGACCGACGGAGAGGGUUCCUAAUCCUCCUGGACGCCGAAGAGGCGGACUCGAUUAAUAGUCGCGCUCGCGAGAGAAACAACGUCGUCCUCGGCUGCAGCUCGAGAUGACUUCCGCAGUGGUCUGAACGGAACUCCCGGAACGGUGCUCUUCGAUGGACGAUCGUGCUCAUCUGAAGAUCCACGGAAUUGGCUCUUCACGGGACUCCGAGUAAGAUGAUUAGUUCGGGUAGUCAAGCGGUCAUGUAAACGUCCCGUCGUGUCCUGGUGUGCCGUCGUGUGGUCCAAUCAUCGCAUGGUCCAAUCGCUAGUAUACCCUCAGUGAAUCUUUUCUCGCGGGAUUUCGAAAUCUCUUCUUCAGGCCAAAAUGAGACCAAGCGCGAUCGUUCUGUUGCUGCUGCUGUGCGCUCAGUUUCUCACUUCUGAAUCGAAGCUUCGGCAACAAGAGGCCGUCGACGAUGACGACGACGAUGACGAUGAUUUUGAGGACGACGAUGACGAUGACGAUGACGACGGAGGUUAUGAUACGAGGACCGAGAUCGACGACGACGGCCGAAUCUACAAAAACCCGCGAAACUCACCCUCUGUUCUGUGCCCGAGAGACGAGGAGCAGGCGGAGCUGAUGGGUCAGAAGUGUCUACGAAAGUGCUCGACCGACGAAGAUUGCAAGAGUAAGAAGAAGAAGUGCAGAUGCGACGGAGCCUGCGGAAUGUCGUGCAUCAAACCCGAACGUGAAUGCCCGGCGUUGACCGAGAUCGAUCACGGCGUGAUGACGGUCACCGGAAUAUUAUUCGGGGAUAGAGCUCAUUACGCCUGCGACACCGACUACUUUAUAGUCGGUCUGUCCGAGAGAACGUGUCGCGCCGACGGUCAUUGGACCGGGACUGAUCCGUCCUGCAAGAAAGAUUCCAACUCCUUCUGCUCCCAGCCGCCGAAGAUCCAAAACGCGCGCCACAACGGUCCAUUGGAACAAACAACCUUCGAUCUCGAUAGUAGCGUGCAAUACUUCUGUAAUCAUGGAUACGUAGCAACGGGAGCGAAGAAAGCGAAAUGUCUGCUGAUGGAAGGAGCUGCUAGAUGGUACGGGCCAGAUAUCACUUGCAAGCCUCAAAGCUGCGAUUCAGCCCCAGACAUCUCCAACGGAUGGCACUCUGGGGAGUGCUAUACGUAUGAAUGCCGCGUGUCGUAUCAUUGCAUGGAUGGUUACGAAUUAGUUGGUAAAGCGGAGAAACUGUGCCUGGCGGAUGGCACAUGGACCCCGAAGGAAUUACCGCAAUGCGUUCAAGUCACGUCCGUGCAAUGUCCGAAGCCAGAAAAUCCAGUCAACGGCAAGGCUGUCUACACCUCCUACGCGUAUAAUUCCAUUGUAUCGUACGAGUGCAAGUACGGGUACACCGUAAUAGGCGCAGCAACUAGACGUUGCGGUGCUGACAGAAAGUGGACUGGAAAGGCGCCUACUUGCCAGGAAAUCAAUUGCGGUUUGCCCGGCGUGUUAUAUAACGGUUGGAUCGAAAACAUUGAAUCCGGCACAGGUAUGGGCGCCAGCAUAAUCUUCCGCUGUAAGGAUCACAUGAAGCUGGAGGGGAAUACUUCCUCGGUCUGUCAGAAAGACGGCAAAUGGCGUUAUCCUCUACCGCAAUGUUUAGCGCCGUGCGUCGUCCCGCAGAUCGAAAACGGCCAAGUUGUUGUAGCCAGCCACGACAGAGAUCACAUCAACAAUGUCACGGUGGUGGAACACGGCGAGAGGCUUCUGGUUACCUGCAUUCCGAAUUACGAAUUCGCCGCCAACAGCACCCCGGUGUUAUGCAAUAACGGUACUUGGUCGAUAGUGCCGAGUUGCUCGCCAGCCCGAUGUAAGCAGAUGCCGAAGAGUCCGAAGAACGGGAUGGUGAUAGCACCGAAGACGGACCACGGUAUGAAAGCGGUCUUCAAGUGCAAAGACGGCUUCGAGCUGAUCGGCGGAGGUCCCAUGAAUCUUUCUAAAUCCGUGGAGUGUCGCUACGGCAAAUGGAUCGGUGAUAUACCGCACUGCGAUCAGCUCUUCUGCCCGUUUCCCGGCUUCAUCGAGCACGGCAAGGUCUUUCUGGUGGGCAACAUGGGAGUUUACGAUUACAGACCGUACGUCAGGAAAAUCGUCAACAACAAGCAGAUUAUGUACGACUGCGACAAGGGUUACGUUCUCGACGAGGGGCCCGUCGGCGCGACUUGCAUAAGUGGUUCAUGGAGUCCCAAGCAGUUGCCCAAGUGUAUUCUUGGACAGCACCCUCGACUUAGAUGGAGCAGACGGCGUAGAUCGGUGGACAACGUUACUCUGAAUUACAACGUCACUCUAAAUUACAAAAAAUUCAUCGACUUCUUCCGUAAAGUGGGCAAAAAACUUUUGCAUAUGGAGAUGAACAGAAGCCGCGAACAUUCCAAGCAUAAAACAGAGGCGAAGCUGACGUCCGUUGGUAGCCACCAGAAUAACACCAAUGCAUCCAAUCCGUCAGGUUGGAAAGCACACGCAAGUCAUGGCAAUAAAUCCCGUUUGCGAGAAGAGAGAAUGAUCGAUUUUCUCAAGAUGGUGUAUAGAAAAUUACAGCGCAUGGACGCCAGACAAUCAAAUAACUCUAGCAAUAAUACCAUGCACGAUCUGCUGAACGCAAUGAGCAAGAACUUCUUUCACGUAGACCUUGCGGAGUCGCGACGAAAUGGCAGUAAAGCCCGCUCGGAUUUCGAGAUACGCAAUCAGAGGGAGUUCAUUAAAUUGAAGAGGGAAUUCGAGCGUAUCAUGAGAUUUUACAACAAGUCCAUACGCUGGAACGAGAAGCAGAAUCGAAAAGAUGCGAAGAGGAAAGGCCUGUCGCACGCUGAGAAGCGGAAAGACAAGAAGAAGCACAGGAAGAAUUAUUACAAGGGCUUCUACGAGUUCGUCAAUAGUUACGUUACCGAGAAGCUGUCGAUGUUGGAAGCGCGCAACGCGACCGAGGAAUUAAUCAAGAAGAUGAACAUCGACAAGUUCACCGUGAGGAACGGCACGACUUUCACGGUCGGUGAGAUGUACGCAUUUUUCAAACAUAUCAUACAGGAUAGAUUGAACUCGACGGAGGAAAGCGUGACCGUGGAAUCUAGCACGGCACCGGGGCCGAAGGUCGCGUCACACGGCAAUCAAUCAUCGACAAUCCCGAGUAACGACGUUGCCGUGCUGGACAACGAGAUUCCGGCCAAAGACGGGGCGCCCAAGCAUCGCAGCAAGCGGAUACGAAACGCGGCAUCGGAGGAAACCGGCGGCGCCUCGCGUCAAAAGAGGAAGCUUCUGUCCGUGAAGUCGACCAGCGCGGACGAUCAAAAGAAUUCGAGGAAGUCGAAGAAGCCCGUCGACGAUGCCAAAUCAAAACAGUUCACUUUCGACGAGCUGCAGGCGCAGCAGCAGAGUCGUUCAAAACGGUUCCUGCCGCCUUCCGAGCUGGAUAAUCAAAUAUUCCUCAAGAACUUGUAUCUUAACGCUUACGAGGACGAGUAUCGGGCGAACGUGAAGCGAUCCGUCGACCAGAUAAAUCGCACUACCGGCUGGUUCUCCUCGAGGAGGCGCAAGGGGAACCUCGGUGCGUACGAGAUCAAUUGAGGAAAUAAUGUGUUGUGAUAUUAACGGAAUUUACUAAGUUAUUUACCGAUAUCAAUCGAUUUUAGGUGAAGUAUACACUAUAUAUAUAUAUAUAUAUACGAUAGUUAUAAUCGUUGUCCCUCGUCGAUACGCACUGUAACGUGUAUCGCGCUUUUUGAAAAAUAAAUCUUUUCCAUGCAAACGUC